AUGGGCGAGAAGCUUCCUCCAUUGCCCCGAUCGCGACUCGAGACCACAAAACAAUUAAUCAAGGUCAUACUGCACCACCUGCUCUUUGCUGCACUAUUCUUCUGGGGCUUGAAUCGUUUCAUCCUCAAUCCAGUCCGUGAGGCUCAGCUCGGAUUGCCAAACUCUGCGCCAUCCCACUUGUCUGCGUCCCACCUGGAGACAUGCGCUUGGGAGCACCUCGAGCCGCACGUUGGCUUUCUUAACGUGCCUCCUAUCGGACGUGAUGAGUUUCUAGGGCGGCAAAAGGUCCUAGCCUCGGCGCUGGACGAUGCUGGCGUUGACGCCUUCAUCGCAGAGCCAUCUGCGUCAUCGGCCUACUAUGCCAAUAUCUCGUACAAUUUCCAUCUGUCCGAGAGGCCCUUUCUCAUGAUCCUGGACAGAGAAGGCCAGUUUUCUUAUCUUGUGCCCAAGUUUGAGGCCGGCCGCAUUGCAGGCCUGAAUAUGGUCUACAGGGACAAGAAGGUCAUCGAGUGGCCCGAGGAGGAAUCGCCCUACCAGGUCCUGGCCAACGCGACCGGCUUCUCCAGGGUCAUGCUCGACGAGCACGCGCGGUUCAUGAUCGCUGCGGGACUCCAGGAUGCUGGCGUGCAGGUCGUGCCCAUGACCGAGUCCGUCCAGUCCUUGCGGGCAGUCAAGACAGACGCCGAAGUCGCUAUCCUCAGGGGCAUUAACAGCUUCACCCUCGAGCUGGUUGCGUCCAUGCAGAAAUGUAUCAGUGUCGGCAUGACGCAGGAAACAGUCUUGACCGCGGGAGAAGCCCUCUUCUCCCGCGCCGGGGUCGGCGAGGGUUACUGGGCCAUCAUCUUGUUCGGUGACCAGGCGGCGUAUCCCCACGGCGGAAAACAAGGCAAGACGCUUGGGGACGGUGAGUUUGUCCUGAUCGACAUCGGCUCCCUGCUUCAUGGCUAUAACAGCGAUGUGACGCGGACGAUCCUGCCGCCGGGCGGCAAGGUGAGCAGCGAGCUCAUGGGAAUCUGGAAGACCGUACAGGCGGCACAGUCUGCAGGCUUUAACCUGAUGCAUCCUGAUACAGUAUGCUCUGCGGUAGACUCUGCUUCUCGCAAACCCGUGUCCGAGGCUGGAUACGCCGAGUUCUAUACUCACAGGCUAGGGCAUGGCCUGGGGCUGGAGAUGCAUGAGCAUCCAUACUUGAACGGUGCCAACCAUGAGAAGUUGAAAGUGGGUGAGAUCUGUAGCAACGAGCCGGGCAUAUAUGUGACCAGCGAGCAGGCUUACGAGAUCGGCAAACAGGUCGGAUUUGGUGUAAGGCUAGAGGAUCCUGUGUUGGUCACCGAGAAAGGCGGCGUUGCGUUGACAGGACGGAGGGCACAGUCUCCUUAUGAGCCCUGA